AUGGACGCCAACCCUGCCCCCGGCGCUGUGCCAGCUGUUGCCAGCAUCGACCAAGUCGUAGCCGACGAGCCGGCUGCUGCCGCGCCUGCCACCUCCUCUCUCGGUGCACCCGCCACGGGCGCGAACCCUCUUGCUGCCGAGGACGCCAAGACGGCCGACGAGCCUGCUGCGCCCGCGGCCCCGGCUGCCGCUGCUGCGCCCAAGGCGGCCACCGUCGAGGAUGCCUCGGACAAGGGCACGCCCGUCGCCGUGUCGGGUACGGCCGCGGACACGGCCAUUGACACGGCGGCCGAGCCCUCGAAACCCAUCCCUGGACUGACCUCGACCGAGGCCGCCGCGCCCGUCACGGCCGAGACGACGGCCACGGACGCCGUCAAGGACGCCGCGGCUGCCGAACCCGCCGACAAGACGGACGUCACGGCCGACGAGCUCGUCCAGGACAAGCCCGUUGGCGCCAAUGGCGUCGCGUCCCCGAACAAGGACGCCGAGAUGACGGGUGCUCUCACGGAGACGGACGCCGCCCCUGCUUCUGCCGCCCCUGUUGCUGAGGAGCCCGCCGCUGCUGCUGCUCCUGCUGCCGCUGACAAGCCCGCCGAAUCCGACGAGCCCGCCGCGCCUGCUGUUGCCGCCGCCGACAAGAAGCGCAAGGCCGACGAGCUCGAGCCCGAGGGCGACGGCGCGGCGGCCACCAACGGCGACGCCAAGAAGAGGAAGCCCGGCCGCCCGCCCAAGGCCGUCACGGCCAACGGCACCGAGAACGGUAACGGUUACGGCGAGGACAAGGAGGGGCUCGGCGAGAAGCUUGCGAAGAAGGUCAAGAAGGUGCUGCCCAUGCCUGGCAAGACGGCGCGCAAGACGCGCAGCCAGGGUCCUGCUUAG